CAAGUCAGAAUUUAACAAAACAAUCAGCAAAAUUUAUUUGGUAUCAAUUUUUUAUUAAUAUUCUACUACAGUUGAAACAGACAAACUCAGCCAAAUUAGACAUGUUAACUACUGUCGAUCGAUUUGUGCAGAAGAGCCUCACCAAUUAAAACAUAUAGAUGAUUUUGAAGAAACUUACAGUGCUCAUCAAGGCUUUUGGUGGUACGCACAAGAGUGGUUCCUCUACCGUUUGUUAAAUAGAUCGCUUCGGUCAGAAGAUAUUAAUCACAUAUUUAAAUUUCGUUUUAUAAUCAAGGAUUUACACUAUGAAUUAACUCAAUUAUAUGCCAAUCAGCGAAGCGAUAAAACGGAAGAUAGUUUCCGCGAAUGUACUGUUUACAGAGGACAACGUAUGUAUUUAAAUGAGUUUGAAGAAAUAAAAGGCAAUAUUGGUGGUCUUAUAUCAAUGAACUCGUUUUUAUCAACAAGUAAGCACCGUCGGCUUGCUGAAAUGUUUACUGGCCCUGGUUCAGAGGAUAGUUUAUGCAGAAGAAUUCUUUUUGAAAUAGUCAUUAAUCCACGUCUUUGUGAAUUGCCUUGUUUUGGUGACAUUAGUGAACUUAGCUCGUUUCCCUCCGAGCAAGAAGUAUUAUUUUUUCCGGGAUCUAUUUUUCGAAUCGAGUCAGUAAAAGACCUAUCGGAUAACAUGCAACAUAUUCAAUUAACACUUAUUGAUAAAGAGAACCAACAAUAUAAAUUAUUAACACAAUAUUGGAAUACAUGUAUUGGAGAACGAAGUAUAUUACGGGAAACUCGUGAAAAUCAAUUAUUUGUCCGUGAUUUAACUAUUGAUAGUGCACAAUUUCUCGGAUUUCAGUUGCUUAUGGAUAUGAUACUUCGGUUGGAUCAAACAUACACUGUUAAGCAAGAAAUGCUUGAAGCAUGUCAGUUGAGAUAUAAAAAUGAUUCAUAUAGUUUACGAGAAAUUAAUGAAUUUGAACGAACAUAUAAGUCGGAAGAUGCUGUAACAUGGUAUACACGCGAUGGGUUUCUCCAUCGGCUCUUGAACGAAUCAUUACGCAUGGAAAAUAUUGAUUUGAUAUUCAAACUAAGAUAUUUUAUUUAUGAUUUACACAAUCAAAUAAAUGAAUUAUAUUAUAAUGCACGAUCGUCUUCUACAACCAAAGAUCAACGACUACUCACAUUGUAUCGAGGCCAGACUAUGUCAAUUAAAGAUCUGGAAGAUUUACGACAGAACAUUAACUGUCUCGUUUCAAUGAAUUCAUUUCUAUCAACGACCAAUGACCGUGAAGCUGCAAUAUUUUUUAGUGGUGAUGGUAUCACACCUGAUAUAAGUCAUGUUUCUGUUCUGUAUGAAAUUGAGAUUGAUACAACAAUCGAAUCAACAACACCGUACGCAAAAGUUGAUUAUCAGUCAAUAUUUAGAGAUGAAAGUGAGGUUUUAUUUACAAUGGGCAGUGUUUUUCGUAUUCGGCUCGUUCAGGAGAUCAAAGAACGCUUGUGGAAUGUGACAUUGACAUUGACAAAUAAACACGAUGAAAACUGGAGUAAAUUAACUGAACAUUUAGAUUAA